AUGAGCUCGUUAAAGCGCAAUAAAUUCCCCAACUUAAGAUAAUAAGACAUUUUCUUCCUCCUCUCCUUACACCACGCGCCCCUUCUCCAUCUCCAUCUCCAUCGCUUUCUUGUAGCUUGGCUUCAAUACCCCCUCCUUUCCUCCUCCUUUCUCAGCCCCCCCUCUCUCAGUUUGUUAUGACAAAAGCAGAUCGAUGGCUACCCGGAGCGACGCGUGACACUCCAGAGCCCCUCUGCCCUCCUGAGCUUUCAGUGAGACAGGCGGAUCUGCGUGCCCGACCAUGGCCUUCCCAUCAGCCCCCUCUGCUCUAUGGAUUGCCAGCUUAUUGACGGCACUAUUCACAGCUGCGGUUCACAGCAACAUUGUCAAUGAUGAAGACCCGCUGCAGCCCAUGACCUCUGAUGAGACGGUGUCCGUCGGCGGCAUGGUGACGUUGACCUGCCGAGUGGCAGAGACUGACAACUCCUCACUGCAGUGGUCUAACACCGCGCAACAGACUCUGUACUUCGGAGAGAAGAGAGCUCUGAGAGAUAACCGCAUCCAGCUGCACCGCUCCACUCCCACGGAGCUUUCCAUCAACAUCUCCGACGUGCAGCUGUCUGACGAGGGGAGUACACCUGCUCCAUCUUCACCAUGCCGGUCCGCACGGCCCGGGCGACCGUCACAGUUCUAG